AGCUCUCACUCAUGUACGGGUUUGUUUCCUCUGCGCUGAUCAAGAUGAAGCUGUGUUUGAUUCUCAUUUGUGCAGUUAUUCAAUACACAGAGGCUAAAUCUCAGCACAAGGACACCUACAUGACCCUGUGCUCUGAUACAGAGAAAGAGGUUAUAUAUGGACUUGAUGGAGAAGAAAAGUGGCACGCUGACUUCAGUCAGAGGAAAGGAGUGAUGACCCUGCCAGAGUUUGCACAUCCUUUCACCUAUCCAGAAGGAUCCUAUGAGGCGGCUGUUGCUAAUGAGGAAUUCUGUAAACAAAACUUGGCUGUUUUUGAAAAAGCUUACAGAUACCCUGCCGAACCAAAGGAUGCUCCUCAAAGCUCACUCUACUCAGAGGACAAUGUGGAGCUGGGCUCUAAUAACACCCUCAUCUGUUACAUCACUGGAUUCUACCCACCACAUGUUGGAGUUUCCUGGACCAAGAACAACAUCAAUGUGACAGAUGAAGCUUCUCUCAGCAGAUAUUAUGUUACUGAUGAUGGAACCUUCAACCUGAUCUCUCGUCUGAGCUUCAUCCCAAAGAAGGACGAUGUUUACGCCUGCACUGUGAACCACGCGGCCCUGGACAGACCACUGACCAAAACAUGGGAUAUGCAGGUCACUCCUCCCAGUGUGGGUCCGACUGUGUUCUGUGUAGCGGGUCUGGCUGCAGGACUGCUGGGAACCGCUGUUGGAAUCUUCUUCUUCAUCAAAGGAGGCCACAAAGGAAGCAGCAAAGGAAACUGCGGGAAACAGACUCCUGACUUCGUGCGGUGGGGUUUACUUUCAGAACAGAAAUUACUUGAGCUCCUCGGGAAAAAGAAGCUGGUUCAGAAAACGACGCCUCUGACUUUUAAAUGAUUAUUUCAGGUUUUACAGGGAGACUCGCAGCAGCGCACGCUCAUCAUAUUUCAGCCUGUUUUUAUUCUCCUCACUCUGUAAUGAUGCUUUUUACAGCUUUAACAAAAUCUCAUAGUGCUACUUGAAUAGAAAACCAAUUUGGUUCCAGAUGAUUAAUCACUGCUGGAUGAUAAGACAUGAAGCGUAUGAUAACAGAUGAUUUGAACACAUGAACUUUGUUUGGAAUCAGUGUUUUCAAAAAUAAAAAGCCUGUGGAAAAAACACAGCAUCAGUUUUAUAAUAACA